UUAGUAAUUUUUAUCCAAAGCCGGCAACCACAUCCAAAAAGCCUGUUACGGCAACAACAAUUUCCAUUCUCCCCUUCCUCCUCUUCCUCCCAAGUCCUACUCACUCUUCCACGUUCAAAUGUCGUACCACUAAAACGCAACGAACUCUCAUACACUGUCGUUAAACAGCCCCCCUCUUCUUUACUAUUAUCAUUUUGUGUGGUCCGAAUGGGAACUCUGACGAGUUGUGGUUUCAUCCCUCUGAAGUCGGAGUUCCGGUCCAACCCGGUUCGGCGCGCCUUCAGGGAGACCAUUCACUACCACGCGCUCAAACGAUUGAGGUCCACGUGCUUCCCCACCUUCACUCACACACUACCUCACCCUUCCAAUUUUCCUGCGUUUCGGUGUUCUGCCACUGCCAACAACAACAAUGAUAACAGAAACGACGUCGUCGAAGGCGAAGCUGAACGACCUCCGAAUGAUUCUUCCAACGCAACCACCACCACGACGCAAGAGAGACGCGACGAUGCGUUCAAGUCAGAAAAAUCAGCUCCUCCCUCGCCUUCUCCCAGGUCAUCUUUGACUUCGCUUGGACCUACGUACAGCAAUUUCCAAGUUGAUUCUUUCAAACUUAUGGAACUCCUUGGACCUGAAAAGGUAGAUCCAGCUGAUGUAAAGCUGAUAAAGGAUAAGCUUUUUGGUUAUUCAACCUUUUGGGUGACGAAAGAGGAGCCUUUUGGAGACUUGGGAGAAGGCAUUCUUUUCAUCGGAAACUUGAGGGGAAAGAGAGAGGAUAUCUUUUCCAAACUCCAAAAUCUGCUUGUAGAGGUCACAGGAGAUAAGUACAACCUUUUUAUGGUGGAGGAGCCUGAUGCAGACAGUCCUGAUCCUCGCGGUGGGCCACGUGUUAGCUUUGGUUUGCUGCGGAAGGAGGUUUCUGAGCCAGGGCCGACAACACUUUGGCAAUAUGUCAUUGCAUUGUUGUUGUUUCUUCUAACUAUUGGCUCCUCAGUGGAGCUGGGAAUUGCAUCUCAGAUAAACAGACUUCCCCCAGAAGUUGUGAAAUACUUGACAGAUCCCAAUGCGGUUGAAGCCCCUGAUAUGCAGCUACUAUUUCCAUUUGUUGAGUCAGCAUUACCUUUAGCAUAUGGUGUCUUGGGUGUUCUUCUUUUUCAUGAGGUUGGACAUUUUCUGGCAGCUUUCCCUAAACAAGUGAAAUUAAGCAUUCCUUUCUUCAUCCCAAACAUUACUCUUGGUAGCUUUGGUGCUAUUACUCAGUUCAAAUCUCUACUUCCUGAUAGAAGUACAAAAGUCGACAUAUCACUUGCGGGCCCCUUUGCUGGUGCUGUGUUAUCCUUUUCAAUGUUUACUGUUGGUCUCCUGCUCUCAUCAAAUCCAGAUGCAGCAGGAGAUUUGGUGCAAGUUCCUAGCAUGUUGUUUCAAGGUUCCUUGCUUCUUGGAUUAAUCAGUAGAGCCACUCUUGGUUAUGCAGCAAUGCAUGCUGCAACUGUUGCAAUUCACCCUCUUGUGAUUGCAGGCUGGUGUGGAUUAACAAUACAGGCUUUUAACAUGCUUCCAGUGGGUUGCCUUGAUGGUGGAAGAGCGGUUCAGGGUGCUUUCGGAAAAGGUGCACUAAUGGGCUUUGGCUUGACCACGUAUACAUUGCUUGGAUUAGGGGUGAUUGGCGGACCUCUUUCGCUUCCUUGGGGGCUUUAUGUCAUUUUAUGUCAGAGGACACCGGAAAAACCUUGCUUAAAUGACGUGACAGAGGUUGGAACAUGGAGAAAGACGCUUGUGGCGGCUGCUAUUUUUCUUGUGGCCUUCACUCUUUUUCCUGUUUGGGAUGAGCUUGCAGAGGAACUUGGUAUAGGUCUUGUAAAUGUACUUUGAUGGUAAAAAUGUGUAGAGUAAACCUUUUUUCUUUUAUUUUCUUAUUAUUAUUUUUUUUUCAA